AUGCCCGUCCCUACACAGGAGGCGCAGCCCCAUGUCGUCCUCCACCAUCGAGGUCUCGAGACCACCUUUCGUGGCAUCGAGCACCGUCUCUCGGAGGACAAAGCGCGGAUACACCAGUUUCGGGGCAUCAAGUACGCCUCGAUACCAGCUCGUUUUCGACAGUCCCAGCUUUUCUCCAGCUAUGCUCCGAUUACUGAUGCCACGAGCUAUGGACCUAUAUGCCCACAAAAGAGACCCUCGAAAUCAAUAGAGGAAACCUUGUUUGGGAUACCCCGGGAGGAAAUACCUACGCAGAAGCUCAAGCAGGAUGAGUUUGAGUGUCUGAACCUCAAUAUCACCUCCCCGGCAGGCCUCAUCCCCUACCACUCUCGCGUACCCGUCAUGCUGUGGGUGCAUGGCGGCGGCGAGAGAGGCUCAGGCUCUCAAUGGUACUACGACCCAGGCGCGAUUGUGCGCAAGAGCAUCGUUGACCACAAGCCUGUUAUCUUUGUCACAUUCAAUUACCGGAUAGGCAUUUUGGGUUUCGCAGCCAGCCCAAUAAUCCGCGAAGACAACAGGGCCGCAGGUGAGGAGGGUACGGGGAAUUACGGCCUUCGCGAUCAACGAAAAGCACUGGAAUGGCUGCACCACAACAUCGCAGAGUUUGGCGGCGACCCGAACAACAUCACGCUCGCGGGGAAUGGGUCGGGCGCUGCAGCCAUCGUGUGUCACCUCCUAUCGCGCCUGAACGAGACGAGGCCGCUCUUCCAUCGUGCGAUCAUCCAGAGCCCGGUGUUUGAACCAACGCUUCCUGAUGUGAGCAGCGCUGGCUGGCACCUAUCGAGAGUGAUGUCGGCGUUGCAGGUCUCGUCGAUAGAGAAAUUUCGUCAUAUCGACGUGGAGAAGCUCAUCGGCCUGGGGCUGAACCUCGGGGCGGUGGAUGAUGGUGUCUUCUUCAGAGACGACUGGCAAAGCUACUUCGCACCUGAGACGGCACACGCACACCAUCACCAUCGGCAAGACCACCUGCAAGCGGGCCACGGCGGACGUCGGACGGGACGUAGCAGCUCGUCACCUCGGAAUAUGCGCUCGCGCUCUCGGACACCUCGACUCGAUCCGCAUUCUACCACCAGAAGUCACACCUCACCCACCCAACAACAAUAUCAACACCCGGCCCACCUCCAGCCCCUCAUCAUCGGUGAUACUAGCGCCGACUCAUUCCUGUGGGCCAUGCCCAUAUCGUAUUGGACGUCGAGCGGCGUCGUCCGCAGGCUGAAGGCGAUCUGCCAGAGUUUGUCGAAGACGAGCGGCAUCCAGCGCGCGUACGAUAUCGGCUCCCAUAUCCCUGACGAGGAAAUCAUUGACCGUGUACUGGAGCUGGUUGGCGAUGCCCGUGUUGCGUGGCCUACGCACUGUGUCGCGGAGGCUGCCAAGCGGGAACGUGCAAGCGCAGCGAUCGCUUCGGGCUCUGGGUUGGGCAGUGGCACGGGAGUGUGGAGAUACGUCUUCGACCAGGAAGGCUCACUACGAGGGAUACCACAUUAUGGUGCAGACUUGAUGUACUUGUUCGACAACGUCCCCCUCCCAGCGAGUGCCUACACAUUCGCAGGCGGCGGUGGGUACGACGCGUUUUGGGACGGCCCGUUCGAUGUAGACGAUGAGGAGGAGCUCAAGGAGAACGUCGCUUCGUGUGUUGCCGGUGUGCCGCACCUCGGCGGCGACAUUGACAUCGACUUCUGCUUAUCUACUGCGGACUUCUCAAAGCCUCCCACCAUCGCGUCCAUCUCUUCGAGCUCUUCAUUGGCUGGGCUCACACCCCGCGUACUCCCAAACGUGCACAGACCCUCCCCUCUCGCUAACGGCAGCGGCUACGAGCACGACUUAACCCGUGCCCUCUCACCCACACUUUCGCCCAGCCUCUCACCCUCGCUUGCCCACCACCGCAACUCGCACUCCUCCAGCACCUCCGUCGACACCGUCUCCAGCACCUCUCACGACAGCGACUGGCUGACGUCGAUCGUUGACGUGUACUCGUAUGCGCGUGUGCGCGACACGAUGCAGGAGCGCUGGAUCGCGUUCGCGCAUGGCGAGGUCCCCUGGAGAGCAGAUAAGGUGUUCGUGUUCGGCCCGGAAGGCGAGACGGGGGAGAGGAGCCAGGAGAUUUUUGAUGGGAGACGGAGAAGACAGCUUUGGAGGGAGGCACUAGAGCCUCUUGGUCCUGCCCUCGUCCAGAAGGUCGGCGUUGAGCUUAGCAGGGGGCCAGCGUCUGGUGCGGAUCGGCGGUAG